CCUGGUUAAUAAUUUUGGACCCUCUCUCCCAAACCCACAUAAUAUAAGAGGAUGAGGAGGAUCACUUUGUGAGUCCAUGUCUUUGAUGCAUAGUGAUGGGGCGUACUGCGCGGUCUGUCUCUCGGUUUUUCUCUCUGCGGAAGAAGAAACAAAAAGAUUGGGCGUUUCCUGAAGAAUUAUGCCGUCAUUUUACACAUGCUGAGAUCAGUGCAGCAACUCAAUGUUUCGACGAGAGCUUAUGUAUUGCUAAGCGUAGCUUUGGCUCAGUAUACAAAGGACAUAUUAAGGUCAAUGGGGAUGAGGACAGGAAAGACGUCGUUGCAAUCAGGCGCAUUUCCGAAGUUUCAGAACUGGUAAUGCCUGAUUUCAGGGCGGAGGUACAGCUACUCUGCCAGCUGCGCCAUCCCAACCUCAUCUCUCUCAUCGGAUUCUGCCAAGAAAAUGGAGAGUGUAUCAUUGUCUACGAUUACAUGUCCAACGGUACCCUCUCUGAUUACCUCCUUGAUCCUUCCAACAUUAAAAAUAAAGAUCAUUUUCCCUUGACUUGGAAGCAAAGGCUGAAAAUUUGUAUUGGGGUGGCGCGUUCAAUACACUACCUCCACGCAGGGGUUAAGCAUGCUGUCAUCCAUCGAAACAUAAAAUGCUCCAACAUUCUAUUAGACCAAAACUUGGUGCCCAAGCUUUCUGACUUAGGGAUUGCCAAGUUGGGUCCUUUUGCCUUGUCAAAUGCAUUAAUCAAAUUAAACUCGGAGGUGUCUGGUACAAUAGGCUAUCUUGAUCCAGAGUAUGCAUUGUCUGGCAAGCUUACCGAAAAAUCUGAUGUCUUCUCAUUUGGAAUGGUGUUAUUUGAAGUGCUGUGUGCCAAAUCUUGUUCAACAGAGAUGCCCGAAUGCGUGGAAAGGGGUGAGACUUUCCCUGCCAUGAUUGAUCCAUUUCUGGUGGGAAAAGUAGCUCCAGAUUGUUUGAGAAAAUUUAUGAACAUCGCCGAGAGAUGUGUGCGCUCUGCAGGAGCUGAACGGCCUACAAUGGGUGAAGCUGAGGUGGAACUUGAGUGCGCAUUGGAGUUGCAGGAGAGCGCAGAUGCCGUCAAGCAGCUCAAGGAGUUGGGGACAACUGCAAGCAGUUCUCUUGCUCCUCCUCCUCCUGCCGCCCAUGACAUGGAGGACUAUACCUACCAAGAUAUAUCAUUUUCUGAGAUCAAUGAAAAUUUAUCAAAUAUAUAUUUGCGAAAGUGGCCGUGAGAGUCAUUUAGUACUGACCUGGCAGCUUAUGUUGAUGGUAUUGCUAGUUUUUUUUUUUUGUCAAACGAUAAAUUUUGUUAGUCACUAACGAGAUUUGAACCCAUGCCGUCAUGUAAGGGCUCAACACUGCAUUUGGUGAUAUUUUUGUGAGGCUAUGAGUUUCAAUAUUCUUCGGUUGUAAAAUAGCGAACAUUUAUGCUGAGGUUUGGAUUUUGUUUGCCAACAUUUUGCGAAACCAAAUUUCUCAGAGUGUAAAAUCACAAGUUCAUUUUAUGUGGUU